AUGGCUGCCGACGGAGUCCAGGCCGUCGCCUUGCCUGGCCAAGUGCUUGGUCCCGUUACCAAGUUUGCGCCGGGUUCUGGAACACACAUAUUCCAAGGCAAUGUCGUUUCCUCAUUAAUGGGUCAGGUUUCCAUCGUAGCCCCAGCCAAGGCUCCCGGGCCGGCCAAGAGGCUCAACAAGAUCACUGGUGCGGCUCUGCCCAAGGACGAACUGGCUACCAUCUCAGUCGCGCGUCACGGCAGCCGGCGUGAGGUCCUGCCUGACGUUGGCAACAUUGUUCUGGCACAGGUAUUACGUCUGAUGCCAAAGCAGGCUAUCGUCAUGAUCAAGCAAGUUGGAGAUACUGUGCUGCAGACGGAGUGGCAGGGAGUUAUCCGGGUUCAGGAUGUGAGGGCGACAGAGAAGGACAAGGUGAAGAUCUACGAGUCGUUCAAGCCGGGCGACAUUGUCCGCGCACAAGUUAUUUCUCUUGGUGACCAAGCAAACUAUUAUCUGUCUACAGCACAGAAUGAGCUUGGAGUCAUUAUGGCGACAAGUGAAGCUGGGAACGACAUGGUUCCGCCUCUCCCUAUCCUGGGAAUCCAUGCCAUGUCAACCACCAUGGUGGUAACCAUGGCCUCGCCGCUCCCCACCAGCACCAGCACCACCACAGCUCCCACCAAGCUCUCAGCAACGACGAUGACAACCACGACCAGCCUGCCGUGCUGCCCAAACUGCGGGGACAGCCUCCCCUCCCCCGAAGAGACCCAGGCCGAGCUCUCCCAGGCCCAGGCCCGCAUCGCCGAGCUCGAGGCCCAGGUCCGCACCCUCAACGAGAAGGCCUCAGCGGCCGCCGAGCGCUGGGCCGGCUACGAGGAGGAGCUCACCAAGCUGCGCUCGCAGGACCAGGCCCCUCCGCCGCCCCCGCCCAAGAACAGCGACAAUCCGGGGGCGAGGAUCCCGCGGGGGCCGGGCGACGGCCUGGCCCCCCAUCACCCGACCCGAUCGUUCACGAACCCAUUGAGCCUCCAGGUCGACCGGCCGCCCCAGCUGCACCGCAUCAACAGCGUGCCGACGUCGCAGGCCCAGGACACGGCGCCCCCGGACAAGCAGACGCGGGAGCUCCUGAGGGCCCUCUCGCGGGAAAAGCUGCUAAGGAAGGAGGCCGAGGGCCGGCUGACGGCCACGAGCAAGGAGAUUGAGGACCUGAGCGUCUCGCUCUUCGAGCAGGCCAAUAAUAUGGUUGCCGAUGAGCGCAGGGCGAGGGCACAUCUUGAGGAGCGGGUUGGAGAGCUGGAGAAGAGGGACGUGGAGAAGAGACGACGGCUGGAACGGCUGGAGACGGCACUGGCGAGGAUCGAGCAUGUGCGGACUCUGCUUGACGAGUGA